GUCAAACGCCAGGCGCCUGCCGUAACGGUUCUUAUUUAUUUUAAAUUUCUUUUUAAUCCUCCGAAAUUUAUUUUUGUGCUUCCCCUAAUUUUCUUCGUUUUCAAUUUAACCUUUUCUCUUCAUAGAACUCUUGCGUCUUCCUCUAUAUUCUUCUUCUCUCUCGUCGGACGAUAAACCACCAUCGCCAGAAAAAACAAAAUUCAAAUCGACUUUGUUUGACGACUCUGAGAUUGCUUCGACGAAAUCGGAAACUACAUUCAUCCAUUCUCUGUUUGAUCGGUACAUUUUUCCACUGGGAUACAUAGUUUUUUGUUGGUUGUUGCUUACGAAACUAUAAGAAGGAGACGACUAUAUGGAUUCAAAUCAAUCAAAGCGAGGAGGUUCGGUGAAAUCUCCAUGUCAAACUCCACGUUCUACUGAUAAGUCGAAUCGAGAUCUCAGAGGACCUGACUCAAACUCGAAUUCAUUCAACAAGAAUGAGAAAGAAAAGGGUGUGAAUAUACAGGUUAUUGUUCGUUGCAGACCAUUUAACUUGGAGGAGACGAGGUUACAAACACCGGCGGUUCUUACUUGCAAUGACCGGAAAAAGGAAGUGGCGGUGGCACAGAACAUUGCUGGGAAGCAGAUUGAUAAAACGUUUUUGUUUGACAAGGUUUUUGGCCCAACGUCGCAACAAAAGGACCUGUAUCAUCAAGCAGUUUCUCCAAUUGUCUUUGAGGUUCUUGAUGGGUAUAACUGCACCAUUUUUGCAUACGGGCAAACAGGAACUGGGAAGACAUACACAAUGGAAGGAGGUGCAAGAAAAAAGAACGGUGAAAUCCCGAGUGAUGCAGGUGUAAUCCCUAGAGCAGUUAAGCAGAUAUUCGAUAUACUGGAAGCACAAAGCGCUGCUGAAUACAGUUUGAAAGUUUCGUUUCUUGAGCUCUACAAUGAAGAACUAACGGACCUUUUAGCUCCGGAAGAAACCAAAUUCACAGAUGAUAAAUCAAAGAAGCCUCUGGCACUUAUGGAAGAUGGGAAAGGCGGCGUUUUUGUCAGAGGGUUGGAGGAAGAAAUAGUGUCUACUGCUGAUGAGAUUUACAAAGUCUUGGAGAAAGGAUCAGCCAAGAGACGCACAGCAGAGACUUUCCUCAACAAGCAAAGUAGUAGAUCUCAUUCGAUCUUUUCGGUUACAAUCCACAUUAAGGAAUGUACUCCAGAAGGGGAAGAGAUUGUCAAAAGUGGGAAGCUGAAUCUUGUUGAUCUUGCUGGUUCAGAGAAUAUAUCACGGUCUGGUGCUCGAGAGGGUAGAGCCAGGGAAGCUGGAGAGAUCAACAAAAGUUUGCUCACGCUCGGACGUGUAAUAAAUGCUUUGGUUGAACACUCUGGUCAUAUUCCAUAUAGAGAAAGCAAGUUGACAAGAUUGUUGAGAGACUCUUUGGGAGGGAAAACAAAAACAUGCGUGAUUGCUACAGUUUCACCAUCUGUUCACUGCCUGGAAGAAACACUCAGCACACUUGAUUAUGCUCAUCGUGCGAAACACAUCAAAAAUAAACCAGAGGUUAACCAGAAGAUGAUGAAGUCAGCUAUAAUGAAAGAUCUGUAUGGAGAAAUUGAACGUUUGAAGCAAGAGGUUUAUGCCGCAAGGGAGAAAAAUGGAAUUUAUAUUCCAAAGGAGAGGUAUACUCAAGAAGAAGCCGAGAAAAAGGCUAUGACUGAAAAGAUAGAGCAAAUGGAAGAAGAAGGUGAAGCUAAAGACAAGCAAAUCGUUGAGCUUCAGGAGCUGUACAACUCGGAGCAGCUUGUAGCUGCUGGAUUGAGAGAGAAGCUUGAUAAGACUGAGAGAAAGCUUCGGGAAACUGAACAAGCAUUGUUAGAUCUCGAAGAGAAACAUAGACAAGCAGUUGCUACAAUUAAGGAAAAAGAAUACUUGAUAUCCAAUCUCCUCAAAUCUGAGAAAACACUUGUUGGUCGUGCUGUCGAGCUUCAGGCAGAGUUAGAAAAUGCAGCAUCUGAUGUUUCCAACUUGUUCGCCAAGAUUGAGAGGAAAGACAAAAUUGAAGACAGUAAUAGAUCCCUCAUCCAAGAGUUCCAGUCACAAUUGUUACAGCAACUCGAGCUCUUGAACAACAGUGUUGCAGGAUCAGUGAACCAACAGGAGAAACAGUUGCAAGACAUGGAAAAAGUUAUGGCAUUAUUCGUAUCUGCAAAGACAGAGGCUACUGAAACACUACGAGGAAGCUUAGCACAGUUGAAAGAAAAGUACAAUUCAGGGAUCAAGUCUUUAGAUGAUAUAUCAGAGAAUAUGGAUAAAGACAGCAAAUCGACUUUGAAUGACUUGAACUCGGAAGUGACAAAACAUUCAUGUGCACUUGAAGAUAUCUUUAAAGGAUUUACUUCAGAGGCUUACGCAUUACUUGAAGGACUUCAAGGUAGCCUUCACAACCAAGAGGAGAAGCUCUCUGCAUUCACACAGCAACAGCGAGAUCUUCAUUCUCGAUCAAUGGAGUCAGCUAAGUCUGUCUCCAUGGUGAUGUUAGACUUCUUCAAGACUCUUGACACGCAUGCCUCUAAGCUAACGAAGAUAGCAGAAGAUGCUCAAAACGUCAACGAGCAGAAACUAUCUGCUUUCACAAAGAAAUUCGAGGAAUCGAUUGUGAAUGAAGAGAAACAAAUGCUGGAGAAAGUUGCGGAGUUACUUGCGAGCUCACACGCAAGGAAGAAAGAGCUUGUUCAGAUUGCUGUGAAUGAUAUUCGAGAAGGUUCAUCUUCUCAAAACGGUGCGUUGCAGCAAGAAAUGUCUGCGAUGCAAGAGUCAGCUUCGUCUGUCAAACUCCAUUGGAACACUCACAUGGAACAAACGGAAUCUCAUCAUCUCGAUAACGUUUCUGCAGUUGAGGUCGCUAAGGAAGAUAUGCAGAAAACGCUUCUCAAAUGUUUGGAGGAUUCAAGAACCGGAACACAACAAUGGAAGACAGCUCAAGAAUCAUUGGUCGAUUUGGAAAAGAGGAAUGUUGCAACCGCAGAUUGUAUUAUCCGAGGAGCCAAAGAGAACAAUGAGAAGCUACGAGUUCAGUUUUCUUCAGCGGUCUCAACCACUUUACGAGACGCUGAUUCUGCAAACAGUGAUAUUCUCUCAUCCAUUGACCAUUCGUUACAACUCGAUAAAGAUGUAUCCACGGAUAUUAAUUCCACGAUCACUCCUUGUUCUGGAAACUUGAAAGAACUUAGAACUCAUCAUGAUGACAACGUUGUGGAAAUCAAACAGAACACAGGGAAGUGUCUUGGUCACGAGUAUAAGGUGGAUGAAGCAACAAGCUCAACGCCGAGGAAGAGACAGUACAACAUUCCGACGGUUGAUUCGAUCGAAGAGCUUAAAACGCCGUCGUUUGAGGAAUUGUUGAAGGCGUUUCGUGAUUCUUCUUCAUCAAAGUCGCCGAAACAAAUGCAGCAAUCUAACGGAGAAGCUAAACACGUUAGUAACGGAAGUGAUCGACCUCCGUUAACGGCCAUCAACUGAAGGAAAACGGAAAAGAGUGUGUACCGUGAGAUUUAUAGGAACACGGAAAAGAGUUUUUUUUGUAUAGAAACAAAUCUCUCCCAUUUGUUAUCGUUUUUUUUGAACCCACUCUUUAAUUAUUAUUUUUUUUUACGUUUUUAUAAUGAUAUAAGAGAUCAAAUUCCCAAAUUUGAUUUAUUUCACGAACUUCGAAGAA